AUGCUAUUGGACUCAAAUGUCGAAAUCUGUGAGGAGAAUGUUCCUAGGCUGUGCGAGGAAGUCAGGAAAAUACAAGUUAGUCAUCGACUUAUUGAGCAAAUAAAUGCGGAAAUUGAGGGGCUUUUGGAACGAGUCCUCGUUGCACUACCAUCUGACAGUUCUGAUCCAGGGUGCUUUGCAACUGUUAAAUAUGCAUCGUUUGCGGAAUCUUCUUCACCAUGGAGGUUACUAUUUAUGCAGAUGUUGAUAACUUUGCCUGGUGAAUCGAUUCUUGCAAUUCUGCGAAAUCAGCUUCUCUCACCUAAUUUGGUGAGCGGCGGUGGUUUUAAUUUGGGACUUUUUUUGUCUCUUAUCUCAACAAUUGUCGUUUGUUGUAAAAGGGGGACAUCACAUAUCACCAAUUUUCUUCAUUAUAUCCUCUUGAGUAUCUUCUCUUCAAUACCAGCCCAAAGUUCUGAGGAUUCUUCUAGUCAACCCCCAGAUUUAGCAGCUCUUUUAGAUGACUCGAUCAGUUCGUUGGUUUCCCAAUCUCAAAAUGCUGCUAUCAGUUGUGCUGACCCAGUGGAGCUGAAAUUCAUCCAAUUCUACCAUGUCCUGAUCAUUGUUCGACAGAUUUGCGUUGAAGAUACUCGAUUGACGGCCUUUUCUUAUGGGCAGUGGUGGCGUGAAAACUUUUCCACAUCUCCUGUUCUUCAGAAGGAGGGAUCUAGUAAUGGAGGUGUUCUAGCUACUCGGCGAAGUCUGGAAUUGCUUUCCAUUCUACUAACGCGACUUCUGCCCUUUGAGAGAAAUCCCGUCCACUUGUCUACACAACUUGCGUCCCCUACGCCUUUCUGGGCGAUAAUGAAGGAGAAAGAUAAGAGUGAAGAGGAGUGCUGUCGUGUUUGGAAUGUUUACAUCGAUGUUGCGAGAGGUCGUUUGGCUGAACUCAGGAUGAAUCGAGGUAACGAAACACCAGGACCACCUGUGAAUUCUAUUGGUUGGCCUUCUGAGGUUGAAACUCUAGUGAACGAAUUUAUGAAAAUGAGCAGUAAUACUGUUGACCCAAAAAUGAAUAAACUACCCUCCACCUUAAUUGAAAUGCAUCUUUUUCGAAAAGCCUUCUUAAGAGAUACUGUGCUACCCUUGCUGCGAAAUCCUCCUUUAUGUAUUCCAGAGGAGAAGCGGACGGCCUGCGGAGUUAUACUUAAGACCGUUGAAACGCGUCUACUACUUAAGUGCGCUGAUGCUAGUUCAGAUCGACCUCAUCGAUCACCAAAGAAAAACGUUAGGGGCAAGAGAAUACGUCCUAGAAAGUGA